UCCCUCCACCCAGUUCAAAAACUUUGUUGACGAACUGCGGCAGAGAGGUGUGGGGGUGAGUGGCCUUAUCACCAAUGUCGAAUGCAUUGCAAAGUCUCUAGUAGACUCAAAGGAGAAGGAUCUCGAGGACUUCAUCACAGAAUUGAAGCAGUUCCUCAUGGAACAAAGGGUUAUUAAAAAGACGAACAUUAAGAAGGAGAAAAGACUCCUCUGCCCUCAGAGUCAGGCAAUCGAGAAGUUCCUCUCGUCACAAGAUGUCACUAAAGUCGUGGAUCAGAUUAGUAGAAAAAGGAAAUUGGAUACAGAUGAUGAAAGAAAGAUAUUAAAAGCAUACCUCCUUAGGAGAAAAGAUAGCUUUUUAGAGACUCUACUAGAUCCAGAAGAAGACGAGGAUGAUGAAGAAACAAUAGAUCAGGCAAGGGAGGUGUUCGGAAUUCCCAGCAUCAAGCCGAUCCUAAAGAUUGAUCAGGCAGAUGUGGGAGUUCCACGUCUCUUAAUAGACGAUGGAAUGGAAGUUGCUGCAAAGACAGACAGGGUGACGUGGAGUGCGGAGGAGAGGGAGGCACUCAAAACGUUAUUUAGGUCUACACCAAGGCAAUUUAAUGGCAAAAAGCCCCCAGUAGGGUACAUAAGCACCGUCCUUAAAGAGAACAAGCACACAGAUGCAGGGAAACUUUUAAUAUCAAAACCAGGACUAACAGCAAAAAAAAUACAAGACAAUGUACUUAGACUUAUCUCAAAAAACUAAUACCAUGUAGUAUAUCUUAACCACCAUAUAUUUAACUAUAUUUAAA